UUAUUUUCCUACCGACCUUGAUUGUUGAAGAUUGUCGCUAACAAGAUCAACGGUAUUGACGUCGACAAGUGGGAUUACUUUGCACGUGACUGUAAAUAUCUUGGCAUCAAGAGCUCCUUUGAUCACAUGCGAUGUAUACCGCUGGCAAGAGUGAUCAAACCUAAAGAAGAAGGUGCAGCAGAGAUUUGCUAUCGUGACAUCGCGGCGGGAAAUAUCCACGAUUUGUUCCACACAAGACUUAGUAUCCAUAAAAAGGCCUGUCAGCAUAAGACAGUAAACGCCAUCGAAAUGAUGAUAACUGAGGCUCUAGUAAAGGCAGAACCACAUUUUACAAUCGAAGGAAAAGAUGGGCGAGAAAGUACGAUAUCGAAAGCGAUAGAUGCUAAUGACAUGGUUGCCUACACUAAACUGACAGACCGCGUGUAUUAUCAAAUCCUCUAUUCAAGUGAUAAGGGCUUAAAAGAGGCAAGGGAAAUCUUGCAGAAAAUAGAACAACGAAAAUUGUAUAAAUUCAUUGGGUACACGAUUCCCAAAGACAUCCCAGACGAGAAAGAUGCUUCUGCCGUGCAGAAAGAGAUAUUCGACAUUGUCAAGGAUAAAGCAAAAGAGUUGAAAGAAGAUGAUAUCGUUGUUCAGCUGACGCCUUUCAAGUAUGGUGGUACGGAUGACAAAGACCCAGUGGACAACGUUCUCUUCUUUGCCAAAGAUAACGACAAGAAAUCUUUUAAGAUUAAAAAAGAACAGGUAAGCCGCAUAUUGCCCGAGGUAUUUUUUGAAAAGGAGAUAAGAGUUUACUGCAAGGAAAGAGAACCGACGAUGAUAGACAUGAUGAAAGAAGCCUUCCGUGACUGGUGUAAGGAUUAUGGCUAUAAGACGUUUUACUCCUAUUCUGAAGCAGAGGAAACUUAAGAACAACUACUCGAGGAUGAUGUUUUGGAAGCCUAAAAAUACUAUUUGUAGAGACUGACUAUGAAUUAGGAGAAGAUGGAGUAAAGAUUGCAAUAGAUUACUCAAUAGAAUUAAGGAAAGGUCUCUUAUUCCCUUACAGUUGAACAUUUCAUUCUUGAUAUGGUCGCCUGCUAAUCUACGACCAGUUCCCAUUACCCUACAUUCACUUAUUAUCUACCAAUAUGAAUUUUAGUUUUAGUUUUUGUAGUCAGUGAUACUCGAUAAUAUAUUUGGUUUUGAUCGGGUAAUUACUAGGGGUGGUCUAAUACCCAGCAUAAUCCAGUCUUUCAUACUGCUUUGAUUAUUUUAUCCAAUUACAAGCUUCGUUCUAUUCUACCAAUAGCGGUCGACUUAAUAAUUGAUGCAUAAAGAAACUUUAUGAAUUUUAUGAUUUUGCACUUAGCUUUAAGCGAAAUUCAUCUGUAUACUGCUCUCUUAGCCUGAGCAGUUUUCGUAUGACUGUGAAAAGCUUGUGGCACGARCACGGCAAGGCAUACGCCAAACCAAUAACACUGCGCGAGAACUCCCACUCCUCCAAUCAAAUACCCGGAACACGGCAUAAACAAGGGGCAGACACGGUCUUAGCCGAGGUCAAGGCACUGCCAGACUAAAUACUUUUUGCGCGAGUAAAAAUCAGCCGAUCAAAACUUUAGAAAACAUCCCAAGCCACAGUCGCGACAAGACACGCAUACAUCUAUUUAAAAAAAAACGUUGUCAGUCGGAAAUACCGACGGCACCGAGCUUUWCACCGAGUCAUACGAAAACUGGUGUAAUCUUGACUAUGUCUUACUUCUGUGCACAAAGAUGAAAACUACUAUAGUCAUUUAUGCAAAGUGCACCUAAAAGUUGUUUAACCACAUUAUGCCCAAAGUAAAAGAUUUGCUAAAUCUA